UUAAUUACUUGCAAUUUCGACGGGCGCGCGCGUUUCGAGAAUGACAGUUGUCGCGGCGUGAAAACUGCGAACGGAUCUCCGUGCGAGAAACAAAAGAUCCGUCGAGAAGACUCGUCGAAGUUCAGGCAACAUGGCGGCUUGACCGAAGCCGAAACAUCUCAAACAUGAAUCACCCGUAAAAAACUGAGAAAUCGAUCCAUCCACUAUGACAGCAAUAGAACCGGAAAGCUGCAGCACCGAUGGUACCGCGAUUUAAAGAAGGAAGGACGAUGCCGGAAGAUUAGGCUAGAUCGAUUAUUCCGUCGACGCGCAACCAGGAUGAGACAUCGGCCGGAGUGUCGGAAGUACUUGCAGUGGAAAAGGGAGCAGGACAGGAAGUCGAAGAAGGAGGAGAAGAAGAAGACGAAGAAGGACAAGAAGCCGAAGGAGAAGAAGCUGCUCGAUUGCCUCGACGAGGAUGAAGACGAUAAUCAGCCGCAGGCGGCGAAGGCCGGCAAUCGGAAGUGCAAGAAAAAGAGGGCCCGGAGGAAGAGGCCGAAGAACAAGGUGCAGUACGUGCUGAAGGAAAUCUCAAUGGCGGAGCUGCUGAUGAAAAGGAUCAAGCCGACAAUGGAGACCAGGGAGAUUCUGCUUAACCCGCGGCACAUUGGCUGUCUGUGGCCCACCGUGCCGGACAGCGUCUCGAAAAUGGUGGAGAGUGCAAUGAUGCUUCUGGCGCAAAAGCCGCCGAAACGACGUGAGCGGGGGAAAAAGGACGCGACGAAAACGAAAAAGGAAGAAGAAGAAGAAGAUGAAGAAGUAAUGGCGAAUCAUAGGGCUGAUGGGAAAUCGAGGGAUACCAUUGGAACGAAGAGGAGCGAGAGCAGCAAGGCUGGUGCAACGAGGCGAAAGAGCAAAAUUAGGGGGCAGAGGGUAGACGUGGAGGACUCCGAGGAAGAGGAAUGCAGAAGCAUUUGCUCGUUCGACAGCCAGAUCUGCUUGGCAGGCGUGAAGUUAACCGCCGAGGACAGGAAGAAGAUGAAGCAGCGCCGACGCGACGCGGAGGACGCGAACGUGGAACAGAGGUCGAACGCUGUCGCUUAGGGCCGCCCACCAAGAACAACAAUCCGGCGGGGGGAGAGAGAGAGAGAAGAAAAAAAUACAAGUCGUUCGCGUCCGUCUCCCGGCUCGAGGGAAACGGAAACGAGAACAGCCGGAGAGUUACGUCUAAUAGCGGCUGGCAAAAAGGUCGCCGAUUAAACGGGAGAAAAACUGGACGAAUGCGACGGGAAAAACACCGGAGCACCCAGCCGGCUCGAUAAUCGAUACUCGGCCGCGCGAGGGGUACGAUUCUCGUUCCGAUCGAGCUCGCACGAUUGCGUCGAGCUGGUCGGCUUUCUUGCCGAGAUUUUUAUCCGCGAGCGGACCGUCGCCGUCGCGUUCCAAACUGCUGAGUUUUCACGAUUUUUGUUUGCAAGUGAAUUGGAAAUUUUCUGCAGAAUUGUUCUGUUCAUAGAAUUUGACAUUAAAUUUACAUUUUUAUCGAAAUUGGUCUAAGAUAGGUCUAGGUUAGGUCUAAGUUAGGUCUGGUUUAGGUCUAAGUUAAGUCUGGAUUAGGUGAGGGUGUGACAGGUUAGGUCUACGUUAGGCCUGAAUUAUUUUCACGUUGGCUUCCGACCGCGUCUCGGCUGUCGUUUUAUUUUCAACGCGGUGAAACACUUAACAAUGCUAAUUGGAUUUUUUUACCAAUUAAAUCAACGCUACAGAUAACGAUAAAACAAUAUAAUCAUUGUUCAAGCGUCUAAUCAAUUACUUUCUUCUUUCUUUAUUUAUUAAGAAAAAUAUCUUCAACCCUUUUGAAAAUUCUAACCUGAAUAAAAAUUACAGUCGUUUUCCCUUCAA